AUGCCGAUGCUGGAGCUCAUCAUCGAUGUUGUGAACUGGUGGAAUGGUGUCAACAAAAUAAAAGCAAACCUCAAAAAGAAUCCAGAUGCCAUCAAGCUUGGCGUCUUGUCAGCCGCGGGAAUCAACUUCCCUGCACUUUUUGACCCGGUUCAGACCCAUCCCGGCGUCGUCAUUGCCGCCAUUGCUGCGAGAUCGAAAGCGAAAGCAGAAGCGCAAGUUGCCAAAUACAAAUUAGACGCAGUCAAAGUGUACGAUUCCUAUGAAGAGGUCCUCAAGGAUCCCGAAAUCGAUGCUGUCUAUGUCCCUCUUCCCAAUGGCCUACAUCAUAAAUGGGCAUUAAACGCCUUGAGAGCGGGUAAACAUGUGCUGAUCGAGAAGCCUAUUGCGUCCAAUGCUGCUGAAGCCAAAGAGAUUCAGGAUUGCGCAAACGAAACUGGCAAAAUUGCUCUGGAGGCUUAUCACUGGCGAUUUCACCCUGCCGCUCAUCGGGUGAAAGAGAUCAUCGAAAGCGGGAAAUAUGGCCAUCUCACGGGCGUCUUUUCAAAGAUGAUUCUACCUCCUGGAACUCUAGUCACUAAUGACAUCCGAUUAAACUACGAGCUGGGAGGCGGAGCUUCCAUGGAUCUUUGCUAUGUUCUUUCCUCGUCUUUGUACUGGGCUGCCGCUCCCAACGAUGUAAAAGGGACCAGUUUUGAAGUCCUUUCAACGAAGCCUCAGCUCAGUAAGCGCGACAAUCGAAUUGAUGAAAACAUGGACACCACCAUUACGAUCACCAACGCCGACAGCACCAGGCCGCCAGUCAAGUGUACCACUGUCUCUAAACUGGUACCACCUAAGCUCCUGGGCUUCAUACCACAGAUGUGGGCCUUUGUCACGCCGUUUAUUGGACAUAAGAUCAUCGUGACCGACAAGAGCGGCAAGAAAACAACUGAGUCGUGCUAUACAGGCGGUCCUCUAUGGGGUGAGAGGGGUGAACCUUGGUGGACAUCGUACAGGUAUCAGCUCGAAGGGUUUGUCGAUCGUAUCAAAGCGGCCAAAAACCAAGAGAAGUAUGAUGGACCGUGGGUUGAUUUGGAUGAAAGUGUUAAGCUUAUGGAAAUGGUGGAUGCUGUCUAUGAGAAGUCCGGGAUGCCAAAGCGUGGCGUGGAGUGA